AUGUCUUGUUCUCCUCGCAUCUCCUCCUCCAAAGCUAGGGGCAGCUGCUCAGUCAAGAUGACUUCUGGUGGAAGCAACUUCAGCAGUGGAAGCAGAUGUGGCCUGGGGAUGUGCUCUUCCCGGGAUAUGCGAGGAGGAGCCAACAUCUGUGGCUUGGGCAUGUGCCCUCCUCAAAGAGGAGCCAGCAUCUGUGGCCUGAGUGGGGAAUCUGGCAGUGGGUUCGGAGGGGGCUUUGGAAGCUGCUCAGUAAGAAGUGGUUUUGGAGGAGCCGUAGGCUCUGGUGCUGGCUUUGGUGGGGGUUCUGGAUUUGGCACUGGUAGUGCAUUCUACAGCUAUGUGGGAGGCAUGGGUGGUGGUGUUGGAGAUGGAGGACUUUUCACCGGAAGUGAAAAGCAGACCAUGCAGAACCUCAAUGACCGCCUGGCCAGUUACCUAGACAAGGUCAGAGCCCUGGAGGAGGCCAACACUGACCUGGAGAACAACAUCAAGCAGUGGUAUGAGAAAUUUGGGCCUGGGUCUGGAAAUGAUGGUUCUGGAAGGGACUACAGCAAAUACUACACAAUCAUUGCUGAUCUGAGGAAGCAGAUUGCAACAGCCACAAUUGAUAAUGCCAAGAUGAUCACCCCAAUUGACAACGCUAGACUUGCAGCUGAGGAUUUCAAAAUUAAGUAUGAAAAUGAGCUCUGUCUCCGCCAGUCAGUUGAAGCAGAUCUAAAUGGCCUGCAGAAAGUGCUUGGUGAGCUCAACAUGACCACAUGUGACCUUAAAAUGCAGUCUGAAAGCCUCACUGAAGAAUUGAUUAGCCUCAAGAAGAACCACGAGGAGGAAAUGUGUAAUCUGGAGAGACAGGCCGGUGGGGAUGUGACCGUGGAAAUGGAUGCAGCGCCAGGGACAGAUCUCACCAAGCUGCUGAAUGACAUGAGGGAGCAGUAUGAAGAGCUGGCGGAGCAGAACCGCAGGGAGGCUGAGGAGCAAUUCAACAAGCAGAGCGCGUCCUUGCAGAAGCAGAUCUCCACAGACGUGGGAGCUGUGAGCUCUGCCAAGAGUGAGAUCAUGGAGCUCAAGCGAGUCCUUCAGUCUCUCCAGAUUGACCUACAGUCUGCCCUGGCCAUGCAAUGCUCCCUAGAGGGGACCCUGUCCGAUACUGAAGCUUGCUACGUGGCCCAACUGUCAGAAAUACAGACGAAGAUAAGCGGCCUGGAGGAGCAGAUCUGCCAAAUCCGGGGAGAGACCGAGUGCCAGAACGCAGAGUACGAGCAGCUGCUGGACAUCAAGACCUGUCUGGAGAUGGAGAUUGAGACCUACCGCAGUCUGCUGGACGGAGAGGGAGGGUGA